CCUGGGCGGACUUUCAAAUCUCAUCAUCGUUGACAACAGCAUUGGCCAGAGUUUCCAUAGUCUUAGUGCAGCUGCUGAUAUAAUUCGAUGCUUUGACUGAACGACAACUCUCACUCUCACAAACAAUGAUCAGCUGGAAUGCCUUAAAUUAAAAACCGAAAACAAAAACAAAACAUACACACACACAACAACUUUCGAUCAAGAAUUAGCGACGGAGUAACAACACAUCAAGGACUGAUAGAUUUAUAACACCUUUAUUGAUUAGUGAUUUACAUCAAAUUCAAAGGAGAAGAAGAAAAAGGAGGAGAAAACGACGAAGACAACAUUUAAACAAAAACCAAACUGAAAGCAGAAGAGAAAACAAUUUAGCAAAAAUGUCGUUCACAAUACCAAUAAUUAAUCUUGAAUACAAAGAGGUGAAGGAGAUACUAUGGACCAAAAUCCAAGAGCCACACAUGCAGCGAAAGCUGAUUUUGGUGAUAGUAUCGAUAGCGCUGCUCCUAGAUAAUAUGCUUUAUAUGGUGAUUGUACCAAUUAUACCCGAUUAUCUGCGGUAUGUCGGUUCAUGGGACGACGAUGAGUAUGAGUACGGUGGCUCCGAAAAUAGUACGAACAAAGUGCAUAAUCAUCACGAUUCGGCGACCGGUUUCCUGUUUGCAUCCAAGGCAAUCGUUCAACUGAUGGUGAAUCCGUUCUCCGGCGCGAUGAUCGAUCGCAUUGGCUACGACAUCCCAAUGAUGAUUGGCUUGGUGAUCAUGUUCUUUUCAACGGCAAUGUUCGCAUGCGGUGGCAGCUACGGUACCUUAUUCUUUGCUCGUUCGCUGCAAGGUGUCGGCUCAGCCUUCGCAGACACAUCCGGUUUGGCCAUGAUUGCCGAUCGAUUCACCGAAGAGAAUGAACGAUCACGAGCUCUAGGUAUCGCAUUAGCUUUUAUCAGUUUCGGUUGUUUAGUGGCGCCGCCAUUUGGUGGUGCAUUGUAUCAAUUUUGUGGCAAAGCAGUUCCUUUCCUCAUAUUGGCGCUGGUGUGCGCAUUAGACGGUGCAAUGUUGUUGUUAGUGAUGAAACCGAUCAAAGAACAAUUACGGAUGGCAAACUUCGAACAAAAGGCACCAUCAAUACCCAUCUGGAAGCUUAUGAUGGAUCCAUACAUUUUUACAUGCGCUGGAGCAUUAAUGAUGUCAAACGUUGCGUUGGCCUUCUUAGAACCGACCAUUUCAUCGUGGAUGGAAGAUAACAUUACGCAAGACAAUUGGAAAAUCGGCAUGAUUUGGUUGCCCGCAUUCUUCCCGCACGUAUUCGGUGUCAUAUUGACGGUUAAAAUGGCGAGAAAAUACCCACAACAUCAAUGGCUAAUGGCGGCCGGUGGUCUAGCGCUUGAAGGAUUGUGCUGCUUUAUAAUACCGUUUUCAACAUCAUAUCAAAUGCUCAUGAUUCCAAUUUGUGGCAUUUGCUUUGGCAUCGCUCUCAUCGAUACCGCGCUGCUGCCCACUCUCGGCUAUUUGGUCGAUGUGCGCUACGUGUCCGUAUACGGUAGCAUCUAUGCCAUUGCGGACAUUUCGUAUUCGAUGGCAUAUGCCAUUGGUCCCAUCAUUGCCGGUGGUGUUGUCGAAGCAAUAGGCUUUACGGCCCUAAACUUUUUCAUUGCCUUCUCAAAUUUGCUGUAUGCCCCAGUGCUCACGUAUCUCAAGCACAUAUACGAUUUCAAGCCAUUCGAAAGCGAAGCAAAUAUUCUAAUGGCAGAUCCACCGAAGAAGGAAUAUCAAACGUAUUCGAUGCAAGAUCAACGACCCGUUGGUGACGACUACAAAAAUCAUUUGGAAUACAGUUCACAGGAUCCGAAUAUGGUUGAAACGAAUAUCGAUCAAGUACAAAAUGGAUACGACGGUUACAAUCAGGACUAUCAGCAACAGCCACAGUAUCAACAAGCUAGUGGCUACCAGGAUCAAUCGAUUCCUCAACGACCGCCACCUCCAUCACAGCAACAGAGACAGCUUCCGCAGCAGCCCGGCCAAUCGGGUGUGGCCAAUCCAUUCCGACAACAGCAGCCACAGCCCGACAGCAAUCGAAGCGCUAAUCCAUUUAGACAUGGAAUGUAGAGUAUUUAUUUAGAACAAGAUUUACUAAAAACAAUUACUAAACACAAAUUGAGAAAAUUAUCAUUGUUGAUUAUUAAGUAUGCGUUGAUUUAAUUCAAAACAAAACUAACCAAGAAAAAAAAGGUGAAAUAAUGAAACAAACAAAAACACACAAAGAAUGUAAAACGAGUUUUCAGACUUAUUUCAACCAAUUUCAUUGACAAAUUUAUGUUACAGUAACUACAGCAACAACAACAACAACAACAACAAUAACAAACAAUAUUUUCGAUUCGAUAAAUUCAUCUUUUCGCAUGCAUUCAAACUGAUUUUCAUUUGGUUGAGAUACAAAUAGCAACAAUCGAAAAAAAAUUGGUCGACUCAACAGUACUUGUACUGGUUAACAGAGUUCAUCAUAUUCAUUUGCUAAUGAAUAAUGUGCGAGCGUCUCCAUUACCCAAUUGACUUGCAACCCUCGUCAACGGUUCCACCGUGUUUCGACAUUGACAUUUCCCAGCGAAAACUUGUCCAAUUGUGCACGCACGCAUGCACGCACACAACCAGCUAUCCUUUGAAAUACGAUGCUCCCGAUGCAAUUUCGUUGAUUGAAAUAAUUUGGUGGCGCUUUUGUUUGACGACGCAGAAUAUAUAUAGCAAACGCGAAUUGUGUAAUUGUUUACAAUAUAAUUGCCGUUAAACAGACAAAAGGGAAGAGGAAAGAGAAACAACAACGAAAACGACGAUGAGGAGACAAACUGGCUCAAAUUACAACCCUUUGACAUAACACACUUGGACACUUGUUCGAUUCGUAUCACACGUAGGGUUGCGUCCGGUACAACUCACUCUCUCUCUCUCUCUCUCUCUCUCUCUCCGUCUUCACAUUUCAAAUGAAAAUAACCUGAACUACUACUAGCUAGCCAGGUCGACGUCACACGUUUUCCUUUCCCAUUUCCUUUUCAAUGUUUGCCAUUGUGCGAUGGAGGAUAAUUAAGGUGAAAGAUUUUGUUUGGAUGCGCGCGCGUCAUUCAACUACGCACAAAUAAACCCUUUUUACUCGAUUUUAUUCAUUUUCAGUCUGCGAUUUACGCCGAAUGCGCGCGUAUCGUAUGACACAAACACAAAAUCGUGCGCCACGAACGAAAUCAAUUCAAUCGACAUAUUCUCGCCAAGAAGAUUCUCUGUGAAGUCACCUUCAAAAUUGACCAAUGGACAAUGACGAUCCAAUAUCGAAUUGCACACUUAUUCUCUCUCUCAAAUUACUCACUCGACUACCUUUCAGUCUCUCUCCCCCCAAAAAGGAAAAUGAAAACAAAUUGAAUACUUGGGGUUCAGUUUUCGUUUUAUUUUAAUUUGUUUUCUUAGACAAAUGUAAAGAUUUUUAAAUGCCUUGUCUCUCUGUAACGUAAAUAGAAAAUAUGAAAUAUUUCCUCUUACAAUGAAUUUGAUACUGGUGUGAAAUAGUACAGUUUGUUUGCUUGUUGCAACACAACUCAAAAACGUUUUCAGUAGAAAAAAAAAAAGAAUAAAGUAACACACACGUAUAGAAUCGUCGCAAAUCAACAAAAACAGUUUAACGAAUUCAAAACCCCAUUGCGAAACCACACAGAAAAUCAAUCACUCAAAAUGAAUAGAAAUUUAAAAAAAACCAACAUAGAAAGUGGAAACAAAGAAAAAUUAUGAAGUAUUUAAUGAAAAUAAAAUGGAAUGAAUAUUAGCGUACAUAUAAAAGCCAUUAAAAUGGUGUGUAUCAUUGUUGUUGUAUAUAAAUAUUUAUUAUAAAUAUUAUGGACAUGUAUUACAAAACUAAAAACCAAAAAAACAACAUAAGGAUCUGCUUCUGAAUAUAUCGAUUGUGAGCUCCGGUGGAUUUGAUGGUGAAAAUGGCGCGUGACAUGGUAUAUAUCACUGAUAUACGCAUUCGUAGCAUUCGCACUAGAUGUAAUCAUUGCUUGUGAGAUUCGUUUUGUUUUUGUUGUUGUUCGACAAACAAAGACGACUCAGGCUUCAUGGUCAUGCGCUAUUACCUCACGAACAAUUCACUUGACUCUCUCUCAAUCCAUGUAUCCCGAACCAAUUCCCUGGAGACACGAAAAAAUGAUAAAGAAAACCUAUAGUAAAUGUUAAAUAUAUGAAUAUAUUAGAUGAAUUUAAUUAAAUUAAAUUACAUGAUGAUGGAAAAAAAACCAAGAAAAUAUACAACCAAAAAUUUAUCCACUAACUGUUCAAAAACAAAAUGUACUUUUAUGAAGAAUGAACAACACACACACACAAAAUUAUAUCAAUUAAAAGCAAAUAUCAUAUUUUAAAAUUUAGAUAAACUACAAAUUGAUUUAUGUAUAAUUGGAAGCUAAGAAGGACAACAUUCUAUUAGGGUCAUUAUUGGAGGAAAUGUCGGUCAAAGCGAUCGAUCACUGCAAGUGAAUACGUGUGUGUGUGUGUCGCCGUGAAUGUGACAUAUAUAAUUCAUGCAUACGGUCGUUACUGACGGGCACUUCUUUCACAGAAUCGAAUCAAAUAGAGCUUAGGAAAUAAGAAGUCGGGUUAUAAAGGUGUCUAACAAUUAUGGACUGAUAUUGCAUUAAUAUCGUAGACAUAUCAAAUGGAAAACAAACUUUAGGUUAUCAAACACACAAAAAAAACUGUCGGAUGCAACGAACAUCCAUAAUUGUACUUUGUGACCAUAUUUAGCGUAAGUUUAACACAUAUAUAUACUAUAUGCUUUUGGGUUCAUUUUGAAAUUUUGAGAGAAAACAUUUUUGUUUCGAUUAUUCUUUUUGUUUCUUAUGUCAAAUGUGUUUUGACCUGCGUCGAAAGUAGAAAACCAGACGUAUAUAGCGAAAAUUGAUUGCAUUUUUUUUUCGCUCUGGUAGUCGUCAUUCGGUUUGGCAAACGCAUUUGGCUCUCUUAUGAACAUAUUGAGAAACAACCAAGUAACGAUACAUAUCAAGAGUCAUACGGCUCGCCUGUUUCUAUUUACAAAGUGAUAUUAUUUAUAUUAUAAAUAAUAAUAAGUGUAAAAUGAAACAAAACAAAAAACAAAUAUUAAGGAUUAGAAUAGCAAAACAAAAUAUAUUCAAAUGAAAUUAAUCUUAAAAUAGCACACGCUGAAGCGGUAGCAGUAUUCAGUCUUAGAAUCCAGAGAAUCAAACCAAAAACUUAUUCGAUUCGAUAGUUGGAAUUUAAUCGAAACUAUAGUAUGAUUAGUUCAAAAUGAGCAAUGACCGUAUAUUUCUUUUGAUUUAUCAGUCAGUCAGUUGGAUGAUUUCAUGCUUCGAUUUAUAUAUGAUUUCCGUUUUCGUUUUACGGCAAUCGUCUCUCAGCAGUAAGUGUACUGUGAGAUGAUUAACAUUCAAUAAGAAAGAUUCAAUUACUAUUAGGUUCCAUUUUCGCAAACCAAAAAAAGAACAAACAAUUCAAAUUUAUUUUCAACCAAUUUGUGGUGUAUAACUCUUCAAUCAAACGCACCUCACACACAAAUGCAGUUGCUGUAAAAAGCCACAGAGAAGAAGAAGAAGAAAAUUAAAGAGAUGAAAGCGAAAAACCAAAUCGAUUCCCUGAAGUCAAUUCAAUAAUUUAAGUUUAGGUAAAAGAAGAAGUAAAAGAGAAAAUAUUGGACAACACACUAUGAAUGGGUUGCAGUAUAGGAGAAAUAAAGAAAAAAUGUUCGACAACGUUGUACAUACUAAAAACAAACUGUAAGUGAAAGUUGCAUUUCAAAGUAGAGGCAGAAGUGAAAACUUCUACCAUAGAAAUAUUCAAUUAGGUAUUCUUUUUUGUUGUGUGGUUGAUGUUUUCAGGAAUCAAACUCUCCCAUUUUUCACCUGUCUAUCCCACGCCCACCCCGUGCGCAAUUUCAUUUGAUUCACAAUUUUUACGGUGCACCGUACAUGUACAGAUAAAAAUGAUAAUCGAAAAACGAAACUCAUUUUCCAUUCUAUUCUACACCUCAUCGAACGGCACACGGUUCAAAUUCCAGGCUUUCUUUGACGAACCGAAAAAUUCUUGAUGAUUAAUCGAAAACAUAUCAGAUAAAGAGGCCACCAAUAAUGUAUAGCAUAUACAAUUUUCGGUGAUGAUUUUUUUUUUCACGAGACAUUUUAAUGGAGAAAAAAAAAGACGAAGUGUAUACACUUUAUCUUUACAUAUUCUGAAUUGCAUUCAUCGAAUCCCACGACGAGCUUAACAAAUGGGAAUAGUUGUAUAUCGGGGAACAUAUGAAAAAAAUAAAAAGAUCUGCAUUCAAUUAUUCAAAUUCAAAAUCCUAGCUGAAUCAUUUUUUUCUCCCUCGGACAGAUGUUCACAAAUACUGGAUCCAUUUUUCUUUCUUCUUUUCAUUCUCGAACUAUGGAGAUUUUGAGUGAUGAGUCUGAAAUGUUUGUAUAUCCGUGCAUUUUCGAUUUUAUUCAAUGCAGAAAAAAAAACAAUUUUUUUUCCAAUUUUCGCUUUGAUUUCAAAGAAAAACCAAUUUGUUGUCCCACACAAACAGCAACAACAACAACAAAAGCAAUAAGUUAGUCAGUAAAUGUACAUAUAUAGGACUAGUGAGUCUAGACAAACAGAUCAUAAGUAUGUAUCGUAAUAUUUUCAUAAAAAGAACAAAAAAAAAGCUCAAUGUCAGCUACUACACAUUCACUCGAUGAGUAUGUGUGUGUGUGUGUGUGCACAUAUGAAUCGCCGGAACUGGAAUUUUCUCCCGUGACGAUUCCAUGUGCCACAGAGAUUCUAGCUUGGACAACUUGGGUGUACUUAUUUAAUCAUAGCGUUAUUCUUCAUAAUUUUUGUCACAUUUCAUCUACAUGGCUGAGUUCGAUAAAUAAUUUUAGAUUUAAAUGAAACAACAACAAAGAAAUUAUGUACACAUCAAAAAAGAAAUUCGAUCAUGUCCCCAUAACAACAAACAAACCAGAUAAAAUACCACAUGAAAACCAUAUGGAUAGGUGGAUUAGUUUACCAUUGAGAGAGAUAGAAUAAAAAAAAAUUGCAGAGAUAAAAAAAGAGAAACAACAACACCGUAGAUUUAAUAAAUUUAAAUGUAAUUUACAUAAUUCAUGCAGCAUUUUGUGUAGUUAGUGUAUAUGCAAUAUAACAGUUAUCAUGCAAAUAUGUGAGGUUAGAUAAGGAUGUAAAUAGAUAACCUAAACAUCGCAGAACGUGGACAUUAGCCAUAUAUAAAUUUUAUCGCAUGCAUUCAUCAUCUAAUUGAAACUGUUCUUAUCCCUCUUAUCCUUCGUUCAUUCGGUCGUUUUGUUUUUACUGAAUAUUUUUUUCUUCUUUGCCUUCUAUCUUACAAUUGAAUUUAUACUAAAUCUGAUCUAAAUCCGUGUAUAUUAAUUUUUUCUUCUCUUUUGCUCUCUCUUCUAUCGAGAAAUAAUUUUUGAUUUCGGUUAAAAAUAGUUAUGAGUUCGAAAAACUUGUCAAAACUUUUCGCAUUUCCCAUUCUCUACCCAUUUGUGUUAUAUAUUGAUUUCAAGCAUACAGACCCCGAAAAAGAAUAUCAUAUAACGGUUACAUACAAAUUUAACAUUUACAUAUAUACACUAAUGCAAUACAGCUAUAAAUAAUAUGAAAACUACGUGCGCUAUUGAUGAACCGAAACAGAAAAAGCAAGAAAAUGCAGAGAAAAUAUAUAGAGCAAAACAAAAAAUAGAAGCAAAAAUAAAAGAAAAACAUAAAUACAUACACACAGACGAUGAAAUGGAACAGAGGCGUUAGAUAGAGAAACUUUUCCCUGGUCGAUAUAUAACGAGCAAAAAUAUACACUCCAACACGAAUUCCGAAAUGAGGACACACAGAGAUAGUCAAAAAAUAAAAUACCAAGCUUGUAGCAAAUUGUAGGAUAAAUAGCGGAAAUAGAGUGAACACAUAAAUAGACAAAAUUGAACGAACAAACAUCAAGCAAAGCAGUAUUCGCUAGAGAGCAGCAUGCAUAAAAACCGAGUGAGGGAAAGAGUUUAGUUUAAGAAUUUACCACACCGUGUAGCAAAGCACAACUCCGAAAUGGCAAAAAAUGGAGCAUAAUCUCAUCCACAUAGAGGAAUCAUAGCUUAUGCAAAACCGAACAUUUAGCAAACCAAAAAAAAAAAUCAAAGUGAGAACUUAAAUUGUAACAACUGCAAAUCGAAUGUAUUAUUAUCAUUAUUAUUAACCUCUUAUGCAUAUACGUUUUAACGAAGCAAGAAAGAAAAAAAAAGUCACUGUCUCAGACACCAGAUUUAUUCUCUUCGGUUAUUCUUGGGACCUCUGUUUCGAUAUCGUACCAUCCUUAGAAAUCAUUUCUCUUACUGAUAAAACACAAUCAACUCCCCUUAUCUCCCUCUUCAUUUCUUCGAUUUCGUAUUCAAAUCCGUUUCAAUUGUUUGGUUCCAACAAAAAGAGAACAGAUGAAAAAACAAACCAAAUCUAAAUCAUAAGUUGUACAUAUAUUGAAAUGAACCAGUUAAUGAAAACCAAAGAGAAUAAACUUAGUUAUAUCCAAAAGCAUAGAGAUUGAAAGAACGCAAGGACAACAAAAACUAACCAACCAAACGAACAAAUAUCGGAAGUAUGUUGCGUAUAAUGGAAAUCGCGCUUGAUGAUUGAAUAGAUAAGGCAUAAUAAAUAAGGUAAAUUUACGUGUAGCUAAACUAACAAAAUAAAAGUCUAAAAGCGACAACUGCAACUGAACGCGGAGUAUGUGUCAAGGCAGAAGGCGUGCUAAGAUGUAUUGGUGCCGGCAAUGUGUAAUAUUAAACAUAAUGAAACAUUAUAGAAAAUAAUUCAAUUUUCAUUUAUAAAUCUAAUGGUUUUUGUUCUCGAUUUCGAGGAGGAAAUCACAAGAACAAAAACAAAAGAUAAGAAAUGAAGUCAAAACCAUUUUUCUUUUGACCACAUAACAAAUUUGCUAAACGAAACACGUACUACGUGUGUGUGAGAAGCGUCAACGUUUAGCGGUAUUUGUUUUCCAUUUUUUUUUGCUUCUCUAAAACGAAACCGAAACCGAAACGGAACAUUAUAUAGAAAUCGAAUAUGAUAGAAGAAGAAUAUAAGUGAAAAAAAAAACCAAAUGAGAAAAAGCAACAACAACAACAAAUAGUCAAAUGAAUAUUAUAUUAUAUGAAAAAAAAAGAUUUACCGACAAAACAAAUUAUAGGUAUAUUCAAAACAAUAUGAUAAUAGUUAUUAAUUCUAGGCAUUUCAUAUUAUGUAUUUCUGUUCUAUUCUUUAAUCAACUCCCCAAAAAAAAACUUUCUUCACUCGUAGUCAUUGAAUUAGUGUGUGUUUGCAUUUUGCCUUUAUUAUUCAAGAAAUGAAAGAAGAAAUAAAAAAAAACAACCAAAAAACUCUCCCGACAAAAAAAAAUCUGUAAAAUAGCCACCAAUUUACCCGAAAUACACACGUAAUCUAUUUAUUCCUCCUUUUCCCUAUCUAUUAAACGACAACAACAAAAAAUACAUUGUUUCGAUACUAUAUUAUGUAUUGAGUUCAUUCUCUAUUCCUGUUCGUCUUACUUGAAAAUUGCACAAAAUUACUAAAGCAUAUUACAAACCGAAAUAAUAAAAAAAACAAGCAACAAUAACAAAAUACAGACAACUAGCAUCUUUAAUUUUAAAUGCAUAUAAAUGAAAACCAAGUUAUUGCAGAAAACAAAACUCUCAUUGUACGAAGAUUAUGUAUAUUAUUGAUAAGACAUCAUAAUCAGCAUAAAAAAAAUAAACUACAAAGAAUUAGUGUUUAAGAACAAAAAAAAAAUGAUUUGAAACAAAAAAAACCUAUACCAAAAAAAAAAAUUGAAACUGAAAUUUAUCAAAAUAAUUAUGAAAAAAAAACAGUUUGAUUUCGAAAAUCGAUUUGUGAAAAGAAAAAAAAACGGUAUCCAUACCGAAAAGCUGUAAACAUAUUGGCCCAAAUUUUAUGUUAUUCCAUUCAAUCGAAAAUAAAAUUCAGUACCAUACAUACACACAUUUCUUUCAAAUUUCAAAAACCAAAAUCGCCGUUGAAUCGUUUGGCCAAUUGUGUGCCUAUGCUUUGAAAAUCGAAAUAAUCAAUAGUGUCACGCAUAAGCAUUGAUGUGGCUUUCUUUUCCUCUUUUCAUUUUUUGAAUUAUCAAUCACAAUCGAAAAUGUAACAUUGUGAUUUGAUUAGUUUGAUUUCCAUACGCAUGCAAUUAUUCAAUCAAUUUAAACAGUGAAGAUUAUAACAUCUUAACUGCAUACUCUUACAACAACAAAAAAAGAAAUACGCAUAAUUAUUAUAAUUUGAAAGCAAGAUAAUGACAAGUGAAUUAGAGUUUACUUAUUUAUUGAUUAAAAGACACUGACAAGAGAAAAAAAAA